AUGCGACUAUCGCAAUCUAUCUGCUCGACCUUGCUGGCCUCGAGCUUUCUUUUUGGUAACGCUCAAGGAAAAGACGAUAGAAGAAUUAUUGGCUACCGAACAGUUUCCAGAGCGGAAGCAGAUUUCAUUAAUAAAAACAAUAAGCUUUAUAGAGAUACGGAUUUCGAUCUCAUGGCUCUGCUGUUUAAUCAAUUUGGACCUGGCUUUAACAUAGUAAACGUACCUGCUGGCUGGCCGGGUGCUCCCGACGAAUGGUACUGUGUUAUCGAAGCGGAUAGAAAAAAGUUCAAUUCUGCAAGCAAAUUAUGGAUCCCAGAAGACUACCAACAAGUUAAUUGGAUUAAGUCGGUCCAGGUGAUCCCCUUAUGGUCCGGAAAUGAACAUGAUGUCAAGUCAUACAUCAGAUCAAAAAAGUUAGACCCGGAAAAAACAUUGCGCUUCCUACCUGUCACCUUACUUGAUCCAGAUAGAAAUGAAUUGCUGCAAAUGAUCAUUCCCACUGAAGUGGUAAACAGCAAUCAGUUAGAUUUAUGGGCUGAGUGCUGGGAAACAAAGAGAGAGCUGUACGACUACUCGAGGGAAACCGUUUAUUAUAUGAGUUGGAAUAUUGUUGGAAAGCCGAAAUGA